AGGGAGCCGGGUCGAGUGAGCUAUCUGGGGGUUCCCAAAUUAUAACGGGAGGGUGGACAAAAAGAGACAGACAAAAAUCAAAAAAGAGAGAAAGACAAAAAACAAACAAAAAACAAAAAAAGAAAAAAAACAAAGACACACAGGCGGAUGGACGGAGAUAUAGGCAAGUGUUCCGAUAAGACGCGGCACCAUGGUCGGAUUCUAGAAUAGCAACGCCGUCUUGUGGUUUUAUUUAAUUAUUUGUUUAUUUUCUGUUCGUGGGGAUUUCCGUUUUAAGUAUUUAUUUUAGAUGUUUAUUUAUUUAUUUAUUUAUCUAUCGAUUGAUUGCGUUUUAAUUACUGCCUUGUGACAGAGAGCGAAGGAGGAGGAGCGUCAGUGCCAUGCGCGCUCGCUGCUGUGUUCUCUGACUCUUGUUUGUUUGUGCCCCCUUUUAUUUAGCAUUUGUUUAUACCUAUUUAUUAUUAGAUUUAAAAAAAAAAAAACCCGCUUAAACCGAGCUGUGUUGGAUGCGCGAUCCGGCGCGUUUGCGCGUAUUAGAUGAAUGUAGACGACUAAGGAGCAGCUAAAGACCAAAUACAUAUAUAAUAGCCCCGCAAAAUGCAUACAUCUUAACCACUCUGCGUGUCUUUUCUUGUCCUGUCUUUGUGUUAUCUCCGAUGGUGUUGUUCUAAGCUGCGAAAGCGAAUACCAAAGCGGCGACGCCACAUGAAUAGGCUCAGCGACUGUUCUCAUGCCUUCUUCACACCUACAGGAACUGCUGAGGAGUGAGAGAAUAAAAUAAGCUCCGGGGGCCUCUAUGUUUACUCAAGGAGAAAGCUUUAACAGAGCAAAGGUAGUAGAAGAAAGGCGCAGGUGCAUCAGCUUUAAUUCUAAGGGAACUUUUCACGUAGCUGCAGAAGUCGUGCUCCUCUCUUCCCCGUCUGCGUGUUAGUUACUCAAGGGACCACCCUACGUCUAUAUAAAUAUAUAUAUCUAUAUAUAUAAAUGCUCUAUGCACAUUUAGGCUACACCAAAACUCUAAUGCAUCACACGUGUACAUAAAAAAAGUGUGCAGCCGAGGCUACAUGUGCACACAUCUAACUGCGAAUGUUGUGAGCUCUACAAACCAAAUAUUCCCCCAAAGCUGUCUGCCAGAGAAGAGCCAGAAGCAUCAAAGGAGGACCGAGCUUGUCACCCAGCUUGUGUCAGAUUAUUUGCAUCCAAACGAGAAGUAGGAGGAAGAAGAAGAUCAUGUUUGUUCCCUUGCCGGUGCCGUUCGUCUUUCAGAGAACUGCCCCUGACCUCAGCGCCUGGCGUCUCAAGUCCCCUUUGGCUCUUCGCUCCAACUCCGAUAUCAGGAUGUCAAAGCCAGCAGAGGUUGAGAAAGUCGGGGCUGACUCACCGUUAGAAGGCACAGAGUCAGAGCGGAAUGGACCUGAAUCAAAUCACCAGGUUCAGGCGAUGAAAGUCAGCCCCUUUCCUCUGUCACCAAACCUGAACAGCAGCAAGAAUAAGAUGGAUGAGUGCCGAGAAAUGUCUCCAGGCCUUCCUCCAUCUCACGGCCCGACUCCUUCCCAGACAGCCCUGCAGCACACUCAGCUCAUGCUGACUGGCUCGCAGCUAGCAGGGCUGACAGCUUUAUUGCCAGCACAGCAACAGCUGCUGCUGCAGCAGGCUCAGGCACAGCUCCUGGCUGCCGCCGUGCAGCAGUCCAAUGCAGCCCAUGCAGCUCAUGCUGCCCAUGCCGCCGCUCAAGCCAAUCAGCAAGCUCAGGCAGCUGCAGCAGCAAAUCAGCAAGCCCAGCAGCAGCAGCAACAGCAGCAGCAGCAGCAGCAGCAGCAGCAACACACAGGACAGACAGGGCAGCAGGCUCAGUCCCAGGGACAGGGACAGAGCACACAGGAGCAAAACACCCAAAGUGUCCCUGUCCCACCUCCUCCUCCUCAGCUCACACUCUCCCAGCCUAUCCAGCUCACAGCCCAGGACAUUCAGCAGCUGCUGCAGCUUCAGCAGCUGGUGUUGGUGCCCGGUCACCCACUUCCGUCUCCAGCCCAGUUUCUCCUCCCGCAGGCACAGCAGAGCCAGCAAGGACUCCUAUCGACACCAAAUCUUAUUCCGCUACCUCAGCAAAACCAAGGGAGCCUCCUGUCUGCUCCAACUAGAAUGGGACUCCAGUCGCAGGUGCAGCGAGAUAAGAGCAUAGAUGUGGGCGGAGGAGGAGGCAUGACUACGGUGCCCUCUGUGACCUCUCACCCCGAGGAGCCCAGCGACCUGGAGGAGCUGGAACAGUUUGCCCGCACCUUCAAGCAGAGACGCAUCAAGCUGGGCUUCACGCAGGGAGACGUCGGUCUGGCCAUGGGGAAGCUGUACGGCAACGACUUCAGCCAGACCACCAUCUCUCGCUUCGAGGCGCUCAACCUGAGCUUUAAGAACAUGUGCAAGCUGAAGCCACUGCUGGAAAAGUGGCUCAAUGAUGCAGAGACCAUGUCUAUAGACAGCACCCUGCCCAGUCCCAGCUCCCUGUCCUCUCCGUCUCUGGGCUUUGACGGCCUUCCUGGUCGCAGGAGAAAGAAGAGAACCAGCAUUGAGACGAAUGUACGUGUGGCCCUGGAGCGUUCAUUCCUGACGAACCAGAAGCCUACCUCAGAGGAGAUCUUGCUGAUUGCGGAGCAGCUAAACAUGGAGAAGGAGGUGAUCCGGGUUUGGUUCUGCAACCGCCGGCAGAAAGAGAAGCGCAUCAACCCAACCAGUGCCACCCCUCCGCUGCCCAGCCAGCCCCCCACUGCCCCACAGACGCACAAGCCGCCCUGCUACAGCCCUCAUAUGAUGUCCAGCCAGCUGUCGCAGGCCGUAACCAGUCUCAGCAGCACAACGGUGACCACCAUGUCCUCCAUUUGCCCCCUGACCUCCAGCCUCACUUCCACUCACCCCUCUCUCACCUCAGCCCACCCCCCUCUGAGCUCCACACCCUCCCCAGCGACUCCUCCACCUCCUCCCCGCAGCACAGCCAGCCCCGCCACUCCCAGCCACAGUUCACUCAACCUAAACACAGGCUUGUGGCGUAUGGGUAAAAAGAACGGUGAAAUGUCCAACUACAUCACUGACUUUGCUGCAAACUUGAGGAACACUGUGAUGGGAGUUAACACAGGGAUGAACCAAGCCCUCCUCGGUAACAAUCCCCUGGCCACUAUCCAAGCCCUAGCAGCCAGUGGUGGCCAGCUGCCUCUUUCCACUCUUGAGGGCGGCAGCAAGGUGAUGCUUGGGUCGUCUGGGGGUCAAGGAGGCGGGCUUCCCUCCUCCCUCUUCCUCAACCACCCCACCCUCCUUCACAUGGGUCAGAACCCCGGCGUUGGUCUGGUCAGCGCCGCCAUAGCCAAAGUCUCCCAGCCCUCACACUUCCCCUCGGCCAGCAGCAUCAGCCCCACGCCCUGCUCCCCCUCCCCCUGCUCCAGCCCUGCCUCCUCCUGCUCCUCCAGCGAAAUGGCACACAGCCCGUCCUCCCUGGGGGGGCCCAAGAUUGAGUGACCACACCUGGGGGUCAAUCAGAGGGGAGCAGAAAGGAUUAAACAAGAACCUCGCCUUUCACACCAAAGCUAUCUCUUUCUCUCUCUUGUGCUUUUCUUCCGUUUUUGUUUUUGUUUUGUUUUUUCCCGGCGUCUCUCUCCGUCUUUCUCUCCAAGUCUUUCGAUGCCAAAAAUACACAGAAUGAAAGAGGAGAGAAGGAGGGAAAGAAGUAAGAGAAGGGAAAAGGAGGAGAAAGAUUGAAACCAAAAAUCUUUAUGUAUCCAGUCGGAUGAAACGGAGACAGCAAUGGACAUUUUUCUCUAAAACGUGCAACGUGCCACGUCUCUCUGAAGGAAAACAGACCAAUGACUCUGCAUCAAAGAGGUGGAAGAGACGGCACGUCCGAGUGCAUAAACCAAAAAUGACAAAAAGAAUAACUUUGACUAUAUGACAAGAAGGAAUGGCAGCACGGACAAAGAAACAAAGAGGAGAACUUUCCUUUUUUUUAAAAAAAAGAAAAUGUCAUUUUCCAAAAAGCUGCGGGUCUGAAAGAAGAGGCGAUGUGAGGAGGAUACGUUUAAACCAAAAAUUUUACCUGAGGAGGAGGUGGAGACACAAUGAGACAAAAAAAAAAAAAAAAAAAAAAAAAACGACAACCAAACCAAAAUCACAAAUACCAAAAAUACGGAGAGAAAAGCUUUAUUCAAAGGACGUGUAAAUACUGAAGCUAUCCAGGACCAGGACUCUACUGCAACAAACAAACACACAAGCAUACGAAACAUGAAGACCAGCUCAUCCUGUCACUGACUCAUUCUGUCUCUCACUUCAUGUGUCUCUCACUGAUUUCCUUUUAUACAUAAUUUUGUAAAAUAGUGUUACGUUUUUUGCCUUGUGUGUGAGCGUCUGCUAGAAGAGCAUAAAAUUACAUUCAUUUUUCUAAAGUCCAACUUUUUAACACAUUAUUUUCUAAGUACAGUUUAACAUUAGUUUUUUUUAACUAUUUAUUAGUGCUGUUACACAUUUCAGCUCCUAUUUAUUGUUGUGUGCUACUGUAGUUUUAGCUGUCCUCAUUAUCAUUGCCAUCAUCUUUGUCUGUGUCAUCAUCGUUGCCAUGUAUUUUGUUUGUAACGCGACUCGCCCUGCAGCAGGACAGAUGACAAAAGCGAUCCAGUCCUCACCAAGUGCCGCCUGUUCGCAGAUCGAGAUGGCUCACUAUGUUGUAACUUACAGUGCAAAUUCACUCAUUAGGAACAGGUUGACAUUUUUAAGCGCUUAUUUAGACUGCCCGACCCUCACGCUGUAAGAUUAAAGCGUUGAAUGUUGUUUCUUCCUCAGUAAAAAAAAUAAGAAAUCCUAAUAUGUUAGUCCAUAAAUGAAUUUAUAUGUAAAAAAAAAAAAAAAAAAAGAAAAAGAAAAUGAUCAAAUCUAUUAAAUUCUGGGCCACAAAAGUAUUUUUUGGUAAUGGCAGUUUACCAGAUGAAUUAAAUCUUGUUGUAUUAUGUCCUAAUAGAGGCUCAGUCCAAGUCUUUCUAAAGCCCUUGGAGGCUCUAACUUUCUCCCGAGAAACUCUUCUGACUAUCCAUUAAACUCAGUAAUCAGACGUACUAGGAGGAGCACCUGGUCUCCUCCUCAUUUCACUGGUUUAUGGUGAAAUUAUGUUCGACUCAACUCUUAAUUUUAGCCCAAUCAGUGCUCUCUGGAGUGUUCAGAACCUCAGAAACAUGUCAACAACCAACGCCAUCCCUUUGAUUUGCAACAAUAAGGUUUUCGGAAAGCUCUUUGCAGAUAAUUGUCAUGCUCUUCGUAAGCUUUUAGAGAAGACCUAUUUUGCAAAAUUGACAUAUUUCACAUUUUUGUGCUAGCAACACCAUUCCCAUUACCUGGCAACCCAAGCAAGUUUACCACUGUAUGUACUGUACAAUGGCUAAUGGAAAAGACAAGUGUUUUGUUGCAGACUAACUAUUCCGAAGCCACUUGCUGCAUUGUUGUUGAAUGUGCAGGAGGCUCUACUACUGCUUCUCAAAGAUGUACAGGUGCAUAAUUACGCAUCUCUUUGCAGCCGUUUUCACGUGUGAGUGUAAACGUUGAGUUAAGGUGCGUGGCCAGCAGCAACCUAUUUGGAUUUAAAAUGACAAGAUGGCUUAAAACAGCUCAUUCUGAAAGUAGCUCAAAAUAGAUAGAAAAAUUUUAUUAUCUGAGAAUAAUUUUGUGCAAAAAAUGAAAUAAACAUGUUUCGCAUAGAAACAUAGACAUAUCCUCAACUGUUGAAGGAAGCACAGGUCACCUUUACUGGACUAACCAAUAUUUAUUUACACUUUUAAAAAGCUUUCUUAAUACAGAUCAGAUUCCACUUUACUACAGAUAACUUUAUUAUGGACUAAUUUGUUUUGAUUUCUUUGGGGCUGCUUGUUUUUUGUUUGUUUGUUUUUUUUUACCAACAACUGAUCUGGAUUCCAUCCCAGCUGCAACAUUAGAAAUAUAUUUACUGAGAGAAGCAUUGAUGUGUUCGAUAUUUGUUGAGCUCCUUAUCAGGGCAGUCCGUGUCUAAAUGAACAUGCCCAGGAAACUUUGCACGCUGAAAAUGAUGUUGAAAGUAUGAAAUAGGGGCUGUGAUGGGAGAUUUGAAGGAAUAACCACUGAGACUGAAGGCUAAAUAAGUCAAUAAAGCCAAGUUUAGUCACAGCUUGCUCUCGUCCCUGCGUCGUCUAUCAGCACAGACCGCCUGACAUCUGUACGUCUCGAUGUAUGUCUGCUUCCAUCAUCGCUUCAUCAGUCACAUUUCACGUCAUUUUCCACCCCACUCUUUCAUUAAUCCUCAAAUAGAUACCAAAGCAUUAUGUUCUUCUCGAGCCUCAGCCGAGACAUAAACACAAUAAAGAGGCACCCCUGGAGGGGGGGGUGGCAUUUCUGAGGGACGGGGCUGAGAACAGGUGCUGCCACUGAAAGGCCCCACUGGAGAAUCCCCUCAAUCUGAAAGCUUUAUUUAGGGGCUGAUGUUUUACUCUGAACCCCAACCCCCUCCCCCCCUCACACACACACACACACACAGACACACAACAAAGGGUAGUCACACUUUUUUUAAAGAGGAUACCAAAAACAAACCCAAACCAAAACAACGAACUCUCGCUACCCAAGGAAUGACUGAAGCAAACCAAAAAUAACCCAAACCAAAUGUGGCUGGAGGGAGGAGGGGAGGAGGACCAGCAGAGAUCCGCCUGUCCGUCUGUUAGCUUUAGGCCUGCAGAACUGCGGCCCACUCUGAAACUGUGUAGCACUGAUGGAGGGAUGAACAGACAGGUGGAAAGACAAGAAAAACAAAGAAUGGGUCCCUUCCUCCCUUCCUCUGCCUCCUUCUCUCCAGCUCGGCUCUCUGGUCCUGGAUGGAGCUAAACGCAAAUGACCUCACUGAACUGAAAUUUGUUUUUAUUUCAAAUGAUUUUAGUUUUGAUUCUGAUUCCUUUUUCCCCUCUGCUGUGUCUCUUGAUGCCGUUUCAUGUACUGUAUUUUAGUGCUUAUUACUUAUUUGGAAUAACGUACUCGCUGACUUACUUAAUAUAAGAGCUCCUUAUUUUUUUCGUAGUCGUGCUAGAGAUUUUUAUCAGGUGGUUGACGAUAAAAACAAAAAAAUACUGUGAAAAUUUAGCUUCCAGAUUUUUAUUAGCCUGUCCUGGCGGGGUGUGGGGGUGGGGGGGAUAGACAACACAAAAGCCAAAUUGAGCAGCAAACCUUGAACUCGUCAAACCAAAUACUGAAGCAAACCAAAUUGUGCACGAGGACAAAGAAAACGGGUCAGUUUGUCUGAGGUGAGCAUUUUCUGCAUGCAAGUGUUCGUUGGAGGCUUAAAAAUGAAGACGUGGGUUGGGUCAGGAGUGAUGUCUUGUAAUUUUUUAACCCAAAGACGGCAAUCUGAGCUACACUUUAAGAUGCAGAGCUGUACUCGCAGCAUAGGCCUCGGUUUAUUUGACGCGUGGGGAGUUGGACUCUAUCCAAAGAAUAUUUGGUUUGAUCCUCGCCGGGCAAAACGGCCGACACACGAGAAUCGUUUCACGAACCAAGCUUUAGAUGUGGAAGGGAGGGUUUGCACCUUGAAGGUGAGGCCUUCUCUCCACAUUGACUCUUAGACGGAAUGUAUCUGUUAGUGCUUCUAUAGAUUUUGUAGAAAAAAAGAUCUAUGUUCUACUGCUUACUUAUCGCUGAUGUACUGAAAAGAAAAAAACUAAAAAAAAAAAAAAAAUGACUGAGAAAAAGAUCCUUAAAACAUUGAUAACUUGAUUUUAGACCAAAAAUUUUAACUAUCUCUCUUUGGAUUUUUAUUUUUUUUUUAUUUCUCUUUUUUCUCAAUUAUGAUUUAGACUUUUGAUUGUACUAUUUAUUCAGGGUUGAUUUAUUGGCUUGUCUAUUUAUCUGUUAAUUUAUUUCUAGAGGUGCUUUUCUGAUCAUGUGAUGGGCUUGUAGUGGAUUUUCCUAUUUUAUGCUCCCUGUGAAAGGUCUUUAUUUUACUUCUUUACACCAAAUAAUACCAGAAAUGUAUUUUAAAAGCCCCGUAGAGACUCUACAUACAGUUCAACAUCAGUAAAGAUGUGUAGCAAGUCUUUAAAUAAAUUCAUAUUUUAUUGCAAUAACAUAAUCCUACACUGAAAAUCCUCAGAAAAUCCAAUAACAAGUGAUAAUUGUUUUUAAUAUUAUUGAUGGCACACUUAUUAGGGUAUGUAAUUAUUCCUUUGUAUUUAUUGCAUCAAUUUAAUUUAAGUUGUGGAUCAAAGUAUAAUUUUCUAAUUAAUAAUUCACAACUUCCUGUUUAUCUUAGGAAUACAUUUUUGUGACACCAAGAUCAUUUCUCUUGAUAGUUCUCAAAAUAAGACUCUCAAGAGAUCAUGCUAUUUAAAUAAGGCAGACGUGUUGAUCUUAAUUUGCCACAAAAAUAGCUAGUUAAGCUCCUCAAAUUUUUGAACUACCAGAAUAUUUUAUAUAAAAUCCGGCAAUUUGCAAUUUAUGCAAUUUUCCAGCAAAAUGAGUAUGUGUCAUCAAAAGAUCAAUCAGCCGAUUAAUGUUUCAAAAAUUGAGCAAAAUAAUGAAAACCUGAUUCACUAGAUGUAAAAUGAAGUACAGCUCAAUCCCCAGACCUACACACUGUUGGCAAAAGGUGGUUGGGAAAUGAAUUAACAACAUGAGUACCAACCAUUUUACCACUAGUCACCACAUGGUAUUUUCACCACAUUGAACUUUCUUCCUGCAAAAAAUUAUGAAUUUAAAUUAAGCCUUCUACACAUCUCUACCAGGUGUUUCCAUGAAUGUUGCAGGCCCUGUGAAUUUAAAGUGGCAGCACUGUGUGAAAAACACCUCAUGAUCUUUUCGACACAGAACAAGUUCACAUUUCCCCCUCAAUCUCCUUGAAGUUCAAACUCUGAUGAGUAAACAUGAAAGCAGUUUGACUGUGAGUCUUAUCUUGAGGUGCACGUUUUGGCACAGAGCUGCUUCUUUCUUUUAAUACUCUCCACAUCAAACUAAGAGCUUUACUGUUAUGCCAAAAACACAGAAGAGGCGUAUCAACGGGGGCAAAAAGCUGAAGUGGUUUUUUUUUUCAUGACAGAGACAACAGAAGGAGGCAGAGUCCCAAAUUAUCCUCUAACUAACUUCUUGUUUUGUCUCUGUUUCGUUUUGCUUCUGUUUCUUGUUUUGUUUUCACUUUCCUGUACGAUUGCUUUAAAAUGAUUUCUUCAUCCACUGUCAGAUGUAAAAGAGAGAUAGUUCAUCAUAUACCUCAUAUUCUUUGAUGAUAAACCAAAUAGAUGAAUGCUUUAAAAAGCGGGGUUCAGGUGCGGAUCAGGGUCCUGGAAUGGGUCCAGGUGCAGGACGGUGUGUUUGCUCUGUGAGAUCUGGUCUCUCUUCAGUUUCCACAUAGCUGCACGCUGCUCCCCCCUCCCUGGGAACUCAACCCUCUCCUCACAUUUGAGCCUCACUGCUUCCUCCCUGUCAAACCUGGACUGUGGGCUUGAUGCUACUCUUUGACUCAGAUCUUAGAUCAGCUCUGGAUCUGGGUCCUCCUCAUAGCGGCUUUAUCACCAAAGCUGCCCCCUCUCUGGUCCCUAACGCCCAACGAGGGGGCUUGUUGUUCAGUUUAAUGCCAGGGAGCAGCUGACUGAGGUAACUAGGUGACAUGUACAGACAGUUAUGUGUAUGUGUGUGUUGAGGAAGUGGAAGCUGGAGGGAGAGGUGAGCACAUAAUCUGAACAUCUGGAUUCUCCAUGUUUUCCCCAUUUGGAGGAAAGGAGAAAGAGCGACUGCUGUGCAACUCAGGGUUUGAUGGACUUGGUGCACAGUGCAGGACUGUGGAGGGGAUACCCCACCAAGCGAAUGAUACCAAAGUCUAUGCCCCACCAUGGAUCCAGCACUAUGUGCACACUCCCUAAAAUCUUGAUACUGGCAGAGUGUUUGCUGAAAAGCUCUGUUACAAAACAAUGGCAGCAGGGUUUGUCUUAACUGCAUAAAUUAUACUCUUUAACAAUUUCAGAGCAAAGAUCUUUAGAGAGCUUUUUUUUUGUUAUCUUAGCACAAAGACUGGAAUUAACGCACUUACUGCAGACAUGUAAUGCAAAAUUCAAAUUUACCUCCAUUUGGGUCUUUCCUGCUUCUGAAAACAGCCAAUGCACUUAAAAACACACCCAGACAUGUUUUGGCAAUAAGUUUAUUUCUUUCAUGUCUGAAAAAUGAGCCAUUGUUAAGGUAGAUAUUGUACCGUUACCUUUCAAGCCCAGCAUAGCCCAGCCUGUUACCUAGCAACUCAACUGGAACUCCUCCAUGUUGGUUAGCUGGUUUUACUGCUGAAUGCGCUGUACAAUGGCUGCUGGAAAAGACAAGUGUUUUAUCCUUAACUUCCCAUUUAGGAACCAUUUGUGGCAUUCUCAUUGGUUGUGCAGGAGGCUCCAGUUCUGCUUUUCAAAUACGUACAGUUGUGUUAUUACACACCUGUUUGCAGCUAUUUUCAUGUGUCAGUGAAAGCAUUAAGUUCGGAGGGUGUGGCCAGCAGCAGCUUACUUGUACAGGAAACCGCUCAUUCUGAAAGGAGCUCAAAAUAGACCGAAGUGAGCAGAUUAAAAUCUGAUUAUCUAAGAACCAUUUUUGAGCAAAAACUUUAAUGAAUAUAAUAGUUCACCUGUUUUCAUAGAUCAUCUCUUCGACACACUGAUUUUAAAUCCAUGACUUGUGUUGAACCACAUUUCAGGGGUGUAAAGUAGUGUCAAGUAACAUGUCUGAAAAUUGGUUAUAUAGGAAUAAAGUGUUAAACAUAUAGCAGUAACGUUGUGCCAAGGGUAAAAAUACAAAGGAUAUCUGUUCAACUGGUUCAGAAAAUCAAUGUUGGCAUUUGAGGACAGAGUUUAUUAAGAAAUCUUCAACUUUACAAGUCAGGAUUACAACCUUAAGGGGACUUCCCUUCCAGUUCUCCAACAAGGAACUUGGAAAUUCCAGCAUCUGUGUUAAAAUGGAAAACCAGCAAAAAAUUUCAGGGAAGCUGGGAAGUUGGCAAAAUCCCAGGAUUUAUUACAGUUUAAACAAACCUAUUCAACUGAACUAAAAUCCUCCUAAAUGAUGCAAGCACACACUUUUAUAAUACAAUACCACUGGAAUCUGGAUUAUUUCACAUGCAGAUUGUGCACAGUUCCUGUAAAACUGUUUGAAUGGUUUCCUAAAUGGAGGUGAAUAAUUUCCCUUUCAUUAGUUCUUGAUUAUCCUUGUAACGUCUUGUAGGAACUAUUAGAAAAGAGAAAGAUCAGUAAAACAAAGUAUUGUUGCAGUUUUGAUUGCAAUUGAUUUAAACUGCAUUUAGAUGAUUAAAUUCUGUGAAAAAUUUUGAAUUUAGCUGGAAAAAUAUAUUGUUUGCAUUGCACCUAAGCAGUUCUUUGGAAUUUUAUGUUGGUGACUGAAGAUGAUAACGAUUUAAUAAGGCGUGGUAUUCAUUUGAAGCAGCGGUGGCUCAGCUCUCCUCACUGGUAGCUGAAGCCACUGCUGCUUGAGGCUUUAUGUGUCAUCAGCCUGUUAAAGUCUCACUAAUAGACAGCAAAAGCUUCAGAAACAACAAAAAUGCAAUAUGAGUUUUUCUGUCCUCAACUGAGAGUUGCAAGUGAACCAGAAAAAUGGCAAAGUUGAAAAUGAAUCAGCGUAACAAACAUGGAGUGAGAAAGUGCAUUUAAACUAUGAUGACGAGGAGAGGAAGAAGAAAAAGGUGUGCAAUCUGUACAAUCAGUGAUGGCACAUGCUGGAGGUUAGCAAAACAGUCUGAAUCAGCAGUGAUUCAUAAUUUCCACUUUAUUUAGGCAAAGGAAAGCUAACUCCUCCAUUUGUUUCCAGCCUUUGUGCUAAGCUAAGCUUACCGACCACAAGCCUGCACGGCUCUGCUUUUGUGCAACCUCCUAUUAAAACUACAGCUAUUCCUUGGAUUCACAUGAGGAGAAGCAGUUUUCCAAAGUCGUGAGUGAUAUUUCUUUUAUUUAGAAAGAGAGGCAAAGCAAGCUGAGCAAAAGAAACCCUCAACAAAGCUGCCACAUCUUCCUCCACCCACUCUCAUCCACACAUGCACACUCCUCCUCUAAUUCAUCUCUUCUCUACUCUUCUCUACUCUUCUCUCUUUCUCUUUUCUAUAACAAUACAGCUUUAGUCCAAAGGUUCUGCAGGAACACAGCAAAGCAAAGUCAGAUGUUAAAGAAUAAAACCAAAGAGCUCUAACUUGAUCCGCUUUUUAAACUCAAGCCCUCCAUCCCUCACCUUUCCCUGUCUGCCCUUCUUCGUCACCUAGUGAGCCAGAAUUUGAAGCAUUAACCUCAGCUAUCCAAAGGGAAAUAAUAAUAAUAAUAAUAAUGAUGAUAAUUAAGAUAUUGAUGAUGAUGAAAUGUAUAUUUUUAAGUAUUUGUCAUUGGGGGAAAAAAGUAACCUUAAACUUCUCAUGAGUAAGAUGGUGACAACGGUGAUGAUGAUGAAAAAGAAGUUUCUCUUGGUAUCUUUGUAGCUGUUCAGAUCCUUCCUAAUUUUGUGUCUUUUUCUGCUCGUGCUGCCAGAGUAUCGCUUUACUCCCCCCUUCUUCUCCACGCUCAUUCAUUCCCAAUGUUUGACCCUGACGUCUGUCUGUCUGAGUUUUAACCCCCUCUGCGUUUGUCUGAGAGCCGAAAAACCAUCCUGAUGGGGAAGUUUGGGAUUUUUCUCUGGAAGUUGGUUCAUGUUUACAGACAGCGAGGAGGCUGUUACAACUGUCAGCAUACUGUAGGCAUGAGUGUGUGUGUGUGUAUGUGUGUGUGUGGGUGGGUGUGGGUGCAUGAUUGAUUAAUAGGCGGGGUAUUUUUUGGCUGUUAAAGGACAAAAAGAGCCCUUGUUCUUGUAACAAUAAUGCAUCCCCACUCAUGAUCUGUACUGUUUGCCAACUUCCCAAAAGAUGUAGCUUUAAUCUCUCCACCUGUCACAACAGAGUGUUUCCUUAUUUUAUGUGUGUGUGUGUGUGCGUGUGUGUCUGCAGGUACGGCUGGGUUAACGUUGCUAAUCCUUUUGUCUCUUUCCAUUCUGUGAUUUGUCUCCCAUCUGCACUUUUUUUCCUAUCCUCCCCGUUUCCAAUCCCGUGGUAGCAACUUAGACUUUUAGUGUAUUUAUCUUGAAAACCCCAAAAAAAGAAAGAAAAAUAACUGCUUGUUCAUUGUACAGUGUUGUUCAUUUUAAGUCAUUUUUGUAACUGAAAGUGUUUCAUUCAUCCAAAUAAAACAGGAGACAAAAACUGUACAGAUGAUCUCCC